AAAAUGGCCACCGCCACCCAGUCUAGCUCCUCCCCGCCUCCGCAUCCGACGAUUCCAAAACCCAUCUAAAAAAACCCUAACAACGACCCCACCACUACAAUGCCAACAACGGCUACGCCACACCACCAUCGUGCCGGGAAGAUAUCAAUGUCUGGUUCCUCCACCGCCGCCGCCAAUUGCCGAUGGGAAAAUGUGACCCACGGCGACAUGCAGCGGAGGAAUGCCAUGGAGAAUUUCACGGCUAUGGUUAUGAAAUUCGCUGCAUCUGACCCGACCCGGCCGCUGACCGACGCCCGGAGGGCACUCAUUGAGAAACGCCUCCUUGAGGAGUUACCCCACUUUCGCACUCCCAAUCAUCCACCCUAUUCCGCCAUGAUACAUGGAGCAAUAGGAGAAUUAAAGGAACCAGACGGUUGUACUGAGGAGUCUAUUUCGAAGUUUAUUAGGAGGCACUAUGAUGAUUUGCCUUGGAGUCAUUCCACUUUAUUGAAUCAUCAUCUGCAGAAGCUCUGUGAAUGUGGGGAGAUAGUUGUGACAAGUGAUAACUGUUAUUUGCUUUCUGAUGGAAUUACCAACCUUGAAUCUUGCUCUACUCCUGGGAGAGAGCUGAUACAGGGGAUGCAGAAGCGACAGGGCAAGAAACAAAGUGGGCGAGCUGGGUGCUGUAGAAUGGAUGAGACUAAAGAGAUAACCCAACAAGGAGAGCUGAUGGAAGUGAUUUAUGGACAAUUCCAAUUGCAUGAGUGUCAUAAUCUAGUGAUUGAAGAUCAAAAUCUAGCAGAAGAACCACAUACUGAAACCAUUGAAGAACCAUAUGUGCUACAAGCCCGAGAGCAAGAGCAACAAAUUGCUCUUAUUGGAGACUACAAUCAACUCGAAGGGAAGACUAUGGAAUCAGAGCAUCUAGAAGUGAACCAACGGGAAGUCCUAGGCCCUGAAAGGCCUCCCAGUUUGGAUGUAGAGAUAGUCAAGGAAUUAUCUGAGUUUCAGCAGCAGCAACUUCCUGAAGAGUCUUUACAUAUUUGUUCUCAGCAGAAGACUCCCAAACGCAAACUGGACACAAUGACAACAUCUAAUAAUUUGUGUAUCAACUCAAAUCAGGUUCUGACGGAGCAGCAAUAUGAGCAUAGGCCUCUAGGUAUAACUACAACAUUGUUGCAGCUUGUUUUUUCAAAAUGCAAUAUUAUUUCCAUUUUUCUUUAUGCUACAUCGUCGCCCUCUCCAAUAUCUGUAACAUUUGUAGGUUUAGCUGCGGACUUGCGUUUGGUAGAGCAAAAGCAGCAACCAGAUUUCUCGAAUUCAGAAAGGCCUCUAGAACAUGCCCAGGAAAAAGCCUGCAAGUCUUUUGAUGGAUUGGAACUAUUGAAAUCUGGGGAGAAAUUACCUGGAAUGCAACAGCUGCAAGGUAAGCAGCGUGUUCGUAAAAAGCAUGCCAAAUCCAGGCCAGAGGUAGUCAUGAUUGAAGAUGUACCGACGAAUUCCAAUCAGCACUUUGAGAUUCCAAAAGCAGAGAAGUUUCUAGGAUCCAAGCUUGCAACAGUGGUACCAUCUCUUGAAGAGCAGGACCCCCGAACAAAGCUUUGUGUGAGGCAAAAGGCAUCCAAGUCAGAGCAACCCCCAAUCGCAGUUUCUCUCAAUUCGCCUAAGGAACCGGAUGGUAAAAGAAAGAGGACCAGAUCCAAGUCAAAGACAAGGGGAACAGAAGAUGUAUCCAUGCGUUCUGAACAGAUUGCAGAGCUUCCAAAUCUGGAACAAUGUCACGGGCCUGAAACUAGACCAGUAGAGCCAUGCACCAAGGAAGAAGUGCAACGUGUAAAGCGUCGGAAGAGGUCAAAGGAACCUCAAUACAUCCUAGCUCUAGAAGCAGUGAAAGCUGCUCGGCAACCUGAUGUUUCUGUCCCAGAGCAAUCAUCUCAUCAAACGAAGAAGAGGGGGAGCCAACUACAAGACCGGGGUCGAAAGAUGUCCUCAUCUACACCACCAAUGACAUCCAAGACAGAGUUGUUUUCCUCAGCAGGAGUUCAGUAUCAGGAGACAGGGCUUCCGAAUCAAGAAAGUUCUCCAAAGCCAAAGCAGAUGCCAGUGGAGGAAUCAACUCAAACAAUAGAGCAACAAGCAAACCUUCGUGGUCAUGAAAAAAUGAUCAAGUCACACCCCAUGAGAAAACCAUCUGAGCAAUUGAAACAACAUGAGCGGCAGCAACAAGUCAUCGGUCAGAAAAGUCUUCCUUUGUCCAAGCCAAAAACGAGGAGACGUUCUCUUGAUUCACGUUUGGCUUCACAUACGGAGCCAGAACAACCACCAGUGUCUCAAAACUCUGAAAGAGCAAAAGAGACGCAUUACCAACUAGCACCGGAGAACUCUCAAAAUUGGCGCUUUUGGCCUCAGCAGGCUAAAUCUGAAGCAGCUACAACUGCAGCAGAAGUGGCGCUUGUGCAAGAUCAGAAUGAGCCGCAGCAACAGCAACUGGAUAGCCAAGAUGGAGGGAGGCCUCUUGAACAAAAGUUUGAUAUGGCUCAAGAUGUGGUGCAACCAUCACAAUCAUAUCCUCAGGAUCAACAUGAACAAAAGCCACCAGCUCCAAGAGGCCGCGGGAGACCUCUUAAGUGUCUGCAUGAUCCUCAGCAGCAGGAGAAGCAGACAAAGGGUCGAGGUCAAGGGAGACAUCACAAGCGAAAACCAGAUGAUGCAACAAUGCAAAACCAGGUGCCGGAACCCAAGCGUCGAGGUCGGGGAAGACCAAGAAAGCCGGACAAAUGAAAAUAAGGACAGUGCAGGUGAAACGUGAAUAUGUCCUAUGUUUUAUUGUGGCAUCAUCAAUGUAGUAUCUAUUAAUGGCAGUCCAAAUGCCAUAUAUGAGUAGCUUUUUCUUUUGGUAUUUUGGACUUGUGUCUUGAUGAAUACUUGCGUAAAGAAUGUUAGUCAUAGCAGUAGCAUGAUUGCUUCUUGCUAGACCCCAAUGAGAACCAAUAAUAUAUCAGUCAGGUAAAGGUUUUGAGGGUAAUAAAUGGAAAUAGAUAUACAGAUACAUGAAGUAGAAAGAAAACUUAUUAGAAACCGUGAUGAGAGAACAAAGCCAGCGUGGAGUAACAUGCCUUCGUUUCAAAAUACAUGGACUAGAUAUAUGAGUGGAAGUCCAUAUCCAGUUAAUGUUGUUAGUAUAUAGUAUAUACUCAGUACUCCUUUUCAUUUUGAUUUUGGGUUCGUGAUUCAUUGUACAAAACCAAAGCACAAAAAGCAUCAUCAGAGGCCUAAGCUACCGAACCCAACGAGCACAUCCAGAGAGCCACAACAGGCCCAGAAAACAAAAACAAAACCACCAAAGGAAAAAAAACAGGAACCCCAAAGACAAACCAAGAAGGGACACCAAAGAGCAACAUCCUUCCACUUCUGAAAUUCCAUUUGAGGAAUCCUCCAUGCAGCGAAAAGCAUCCUAUUCAUGUCAUUUUUGCAAGAUCAAUUUGGUUCUCACUUUGCUCCAGCACUCUUGUGGCGUGUAGUGUUGUAGGUGCGGUCAAAAUUAUUAAUCUUUGACCACAGAAGACUGUUUGACCUGCCAAUCGACAAUGGGCACGUGGUAGCAGGGGCCUCGCGGAAGGAAAGUUUUGGUCAAACCUCAACCUAAAGGAGAAUGUUUGACUAUCCAAUUGAGAGGGAACACGUGUAUAGGGUUUGAAGAGAAUGCCCGCG